AGUUCGAAUUCUUUUGUCCGUAAAAAACCGGCCACUAGCCCCGCCCGCGUCCGAUCGAUUUUAUAAAAAGACUUGCCUUCGGACCUUUACGUCUGCGCUCUUGCUUUCUCGCGUGUUCUCUCCCUCUUGCUCGCACAUAGUGGUAAACCACGUGGUGGAAAGAGAUGGUGUUUGUGUGCUUGUUUCGCGCUGCGCGUGUGUGUUUGCCGCCAUGCGCGCCGCCGUGUCCGCGCCGCGACUUGGCCGCGAAGCGACGUCCAUUUUGUUCGCCGCGUUUUUCUUGAAGUUUUAGCGAAGUUUUGAUCUAAUCAGUACUAAAAUCUAGUGCCGCGAUUUAGUUUUAAAGCAGUUCCUAGUUUAUACUAAACACAGCUGUUAGUUUUCAAAGUACGUUUUACGCGAGUUUUAACUCAUUGUUGUUCUAGAUGGCGUGACAUUAGCGAGUUCUUACGCAUCCCGGUUGCAUCCUAAAGGAUCCUCAAUGAGGUCAUCAAUCCCUACUUUUUUUCUCAUUGAAUGUGAAAUAGUGACCUAAAUGAACAUAAAAUUUCCAAAAAUGCCAAAACGCCGAGCCGAAGAGAGUCCGGAGGUCGGCAGACUGGUGGACUCGAGUCAGGCGGAUGACAGACGGAUGAUACAGCUGGUGCGCGAGCGCAGGCUUCUGUACGCCAGGAACAACAUGCCAGUGGCUUCGUAUUAUAGUCAAGUGAAGCAGCUGUGGCAAGAGGUGGCUGAUCAUAUGGGGUGGACUGUGGCCGACGUCCGCCGCAAGUGGUCCCACAUCCGCAACUCCUACUCCCGCCACCUGAGGAACGAGGUCAGCGGCGCCGUCACGGGCCGCGGCCGGAUGGUCUCCAGGUGGUACCUGGCAGACGAGCUGGACUUCCUUAGAGACCACAUGGCGACUGACGUGCGGCCAUCUCCCUGGGCCCCGACCUACCCUGACGCUGAGGGCAGCUCCAGCGAGCAAGUGGACAUCAAGCCCUUCAUGUCCAGCCCGUGGCUGGCCCUGGGCCACAAGUUCGAGGUCAAACCCGAGCCUAAUGAGGACUCCUCCUCCUCCCUAUCCUUCGGGCCUGACGACAACUGCUCAUACUUCCAGUUCUUCAAAGGAAUUUAUAAUGACUACCAAGAAUUACCUUUGAAAAAACGAAGACUCUUUAAAAGACAAUGUUUGAACUUACUCCAUGAGUUACUAGAUGAUGAAGAAGGUCCGCUGGUGAUUCCCGAGUGCGUUCAGAGUGAGGAUCCGGUGAACUUGUCGACGGGGGAUGAUGAGGACGACAGGGAGAAGAAGCCGUUUCUGCCUGAAGUUUCUAUCUUGCCCACGAAAUAGUUUAAACUUAGAACAGGGUGCCUAGCCAAGGUGGCAAUCGUUUACGCUACGACAAUUAAACGCUUUGUGUCUCUGUAUCACUCUUCCGUAUUAGUGCGACAGGGACAGUUGGGUUUCGUUCGCUACGGAGAUGAAAACGAUUGUCACGUUAGUUACAUGUUAUACCUGUUUUAAAAACGGUGAAGCACACAGCUCGAUAAGAGGGAUGCACGCUGAGACAUAAUAUUUAUUGAUCGCUUUAUGAGACCCUUUAUUAUAGAGACCGAUGCUAAAGAAGCAUCCGUCGGAGAUUAUCGACAGAGCGAAGCUGAGCUGCAUUCUUAUUAUUUAGUGCGAGCAUUUAUAUUGGCUUUCCUAUUGGUGGAUAUUUUUCUCAAGCUCAUUCAUUCAUCAUGUGAUAAAGAGCACUCAAGCGCAGUAGCGUUGAAAUCAGGUUUAACUCACUUUUGAUAUGUGAGCUUUGGACGUAUGUAUGGAGACUAGAGAGUGAUAUCAGACUUUGAAUUAAAUGUCUUCUUCUUAGUUUCAAGUUUCAAUCGAACUUUGAGCAGGCGGUAUUCUGUAACUUAGCAUCGUUCUGACGAAGUUGGACGAGACGAGAGUGCUGCUCGCGUCUAAUUGGCUGAACUUCGAUCGAUUAUUGACUUAACAUUCGUAAACCUCGCUGCGACGGCAAAACCAUUGUUCAAGACUUUUCACAAAUUGAGAAUUGUGAAUGUACUUAUAUUAUAGUGAAUGAAAGCGGUGUCUGUGAACUAUUAGUUUUAGCAGAGAGUUAUGCUACAGCGCUAAAGUCAAUAUUUUAAAACUAUGUAGGUAUUUCCAAAAAAAAGGACUUCAAUUGGAUUACAUUGUAUAUUUUGUGUCCGCGAUUAAAAGAUUCCUAAAGAUAGAGGAGAAAGUUAGGUACUGUAAAAAUGUAUUUUGUUACACACACUUUAAUUUCUUCUCAAUUGCAUGUUUACUCGUAUCAAGUUAAAUCAAUCGAUUAAUCGAGUACUUUUUGAGCUCUUUCUAACACAAUGUAGUUGUGUUCCGUCGAGGAGGUCCAUUUACUCCAUUUGCUAACAUAGUUUGUUAGAGACAAAAUCAGCUCUUUUGUAUAUUACUUGACAUUAUUGUGUUGUCAUCGGAAUUACGAAAGUACCUACUCCAAAUUGCAACUAAAUCAGAAUCCAGUAAGUAUUUCAAUUUGGAUUUAUGUUACACGAUUUGAAACAGAAGUGGGGCUAAGUAAAACUGUAAAAAUAUUGAAGAUUAAGCAUUUUAAAGGACCUGGUUUUUCGUUAUACUCAACACUCGACUAACACGACACAACACUAAUAUUAGAUGCUUAAAGUUAUUAAUGUAGGUAUGUAAGUACCUUUUUUUUAGCACUGUAGUAUACUCCAAUCUUCAGUUUAACGAACUGUAGAUAUAAAUAUAAGAGAGUUAAAUAUCUCAAGCACACUUCCUUGAGUCUUAAUUAGUCCAAUUAAAUUGUCUUCGUUUUGCGUUUCGUAUAAUUGUAUCUCAAAAUAAGUGGAAAACGUUUAAUUGCGAAAUACAAUACGUUGUUUUCA